CCGCGCGGAAUCAUGAGCUCAGAGUAGCGAACACGGAGAUAGAUAGACAAACAGCCAGCCUGCCUGCCAGCCAGUCGUCAGCACCAGCGUCAGCGAGAUUAGGACUGUUGAGUUGACAUAAUAUCAGCUUUAGUCUCAUUUUCAAUUGAGAUUCCCCCCAUAUAAUACACGUGGUACAUAGCCCGCUUAUCAGCCGAAGCAGAGUCUAGCAGUUGGCCUGGAGCGCCUCAGAUCGUUCAGUACAGUUGUACAGUCAAAAGUGUUCGGAACAGCAGUCAGUCUAGAGUCGACAUCCUGUUGCAGGUCGUCAUGGCAGCAAAGCGAAUGGAUCUAAGUGUGCGCACGUUUCUGGUGCUGAGCGGCUGCUCGAAUCCGCUUGGCCAGACGCUGGCCCAGGAGCUAUGUGGCCGCUUGGCAGCCGGCUCGGUGGCGCUCAUCCUGGAUGAAAGUCGCGAGCAAUUGCAGCACUUGAAGCAGCAGUUGACAUCCGAUGCGGUCCGCAUAAUCCCUGGCGUCUGGAAUGAGCAACACAACAAUGGCGUGCAAUUGUUGGAGCAGAGCCUGCUGCUGGCCGGCUGUGUGCCCUUCCAGCGCACCAUCAUUGUGCACAACGAGGGCGAGACUGCCACGCAUAUGCUGCUGGAGCCGCAGACGGCACAGAGCUGGCUCGACUAUGUGCAGCACCAGCUGUACGCGCCGGUGGCAUUGAAUCAACGCUGGCUGAACGCCAUCCAACUGAAGGGCGUCGAGAAGCUGGCCAUUAAUGUGACCUCAUCGCUGCAGGUGCGCCCGUUGGUGUACAGCACGCUGCUCUGCUCGUGCAAGAGGGCGCGCGAUAUGUACUUCCGUGCCAUGGCCUCGGAGGAGGCGCGCGCCAACGUCCAUGUGCUGAGCUAUGCGCCGGGCUUGCUCGAGACGCACCGCACCCAUUGCGACGAGAACGGCAAUAUUCUGACUCCCGAAGAGCUGAUCGAGCUGCCGCCGGAGCUGAAAUUGCCGCGAGUCGAGCCGCUGCACUCCACGCUCAAGCUGAUCAACAUUCUGGAGAAGACCGCCUUUGUCUCCGGCCAUGAUGUGGACUAUUACGACACUUUCUUCUUAUGAGUAGCAAUGCAGUCGUGGUCUGUGCAUCCAAUUGCUUUUGGUUAUUGCAAUUGGCUUGCUCGGGCACGCACUGCCACUGACAUGCAUGUUAACAUGGCUAACGGUAUUGAUCAAGAUUUUGUCCAAUUGAAAGCGGAUAUGAAUAAAAUAUGGCUGCUGACCCUUGUGCGACUAACGGUACAAUUUGCGUGCUACGCUAACGAAACACACGAAAACGAAACACAAAAAA